GCAAGCAAGAUAGAAAGAUGUACCAGGACAGUGAAAUGGAAAUGUCGCGAGUGCCGUUAUUAGUGAUUUUGGGUUCAACUGGUUCAGGAAAAUCAAAACUUGGAAUUGAAUUGGCUAGAAAAUUCGGUGGGGAAAUUAUUUCGGCGGAUAGUAUGCAGGGUAAUAGUAUUCGUGAGUGGACUGAAGUUUUUCUACAUUAAAUUAGUUGUGGAUAAAUUGGUUUUUGAAAACUCGUAACUAUAUCGGAUGUCUCGGUUAAUUAGGCGAUUUAUCGAAACGACUUUAACUCACUCAUUCGCUCUCUUACACGUCGAAGGCGCACGCGCGUGACCUAAUUAAUAAAAUUUACGCGGUGUAUAAGGAUCUGGAUAUCGUUACUGCCAAGGUGACCAAGGAGGAAAAGCAAAUGGCGGUUCAUCACAUGCUGGACAUCGUUGAUCCUCUCACUCAUUUUUCCGUCAUCGAUUUCAGGAACAUGGCGCUACCAAUUAUGGAUAAUUUAAUAUCAAAUAAGAAGAUCCCGAUUGUCGUCGGUGGCACGAAUUAUUACAUAGAGUCACUACUUUGGAAAAUACUUAUACCCAAUGUGAAGGAGAAAAAGGACCAAGAGAGAAAUAUUUUAAGUGACAAUGACAAUGAUAAUGAAGAUAGCAAUGGCAACACGCAGGCAAUGUUGGGAAGAAGCGGAACGAAAGACGAAUCUUCGUCUAAAAAGAAGAUGAAGAUCGACGGGAAGAUCGACACGAAGAUGAGUACGAUAGAGGAGACGAAAGAGGAGAUGAGUGAACAGACGAACGAGGUGCUAUAUCGUAGAUUGGUCGAAAUUGAUCCGGAAAUGGCGCAAAGGCUUCAUCCUAAUAAUAGAAGAAAGAUUAUAAGAUCAUUGGAAGUUUUCGAGCAAUACGGAAAAACACAUAGCGAAAUUUUAAAAGAACAACGAUUGGAAGGUGGCUCAGGUUUAGGAGGUCCCUUGCGUUAUGCUAAUGCGAUUAUUUUCUUGCUACGAUGCGAUAAGGAAAUUCUUAAUAAGCGGUUAAAUCAAAGAGUCGACGCUAUGAUGCAAAAUGGUCUGAUCAAGGAGUUACUCGAAUUUCAUCGUAAAUACAACGAAGAUAGGAUUAAGGCCAAUUUGUCACCUGAUUACACGAAAGGCAUCUUCCAGAGCAUCGGCUUCAAAGAGUUUCAUGAUUACCUCAUCUUACCAGAAGAGGAGAGGGCAAGCAAGAAGGGAAAAAUACUGCUUGAACAAGGUCUUGAUUGUUUGAAAUUGGUUACGAAAAGAUAUGCUAACACCCAACAGAAAUGGAUCAGGAAUCGUUUUUUACGUCGAGUCGAUAGACAGGUUCCACCGUUGUAUGAAUUGGACUGCACUGAUUUGACUCAAUGGGAAUCUACUGUUUAUGAUAAGGCAGUCUCGAUAAUUUCUGCAGUAUUACGUGGUGAGAAACCCGAAGAAAGACCUAUCAAUGAGAAUAUCAAGGAUCAGAAAACUAGUGAUAGCAGUAAUGAAUUCCAAAAUUAUUGCGAGAUUUGUGACAGAAUAUUCAUUGGUAAGUUGCAAUGGAAUGCGCAUAUAAACGGAUUUAAGCAUCAAAAACAUCUGCGACGUAAAAGAAAAAUGGAAGUACCAAAUUCGGAAAAAAAAGCAAAAUCAUCAUAGAUGGAUAUCUAAUUUAAAUAAUACGAUAUUAUAUAUAUAUAUAUAUAUGAUGUUCAAAAAACAUUAUUCAAUAUUUCUACGGUACAUAAAACACAUUAUAUUAAGUUGGUAAAUAAGUUUCAAUCAAUAUAGGUCAAAAACUCAACAGUUUCUGAUAUAUCAAUAGUUUUUUAUGUUAGUAUCAUGAAUAUGUUAAGAAUAUGUCAGGCAUUUAUGAAAAUGAAAAGGAGGACAUAUAAAAUAGUUUCUAUAAAUCGAAAACUAGCAUUAAAUCAACUAUAAUACUAACAUACAAAAAUAUUUGAAUCUCAGAAACGAUUGACAUUUCGAAUUAUGUCUACUGAGACUUUUUUACUCAGUACAGUAUAAUCUAUGCUAUUAUAAAUAUUGAAUGUUUUUUUUUUUAACAUCCUACAUAUAUAUCAAUAAGUGUAUGUUUAACAGACUGUAAAGAGAAAAAGUUUAUAUAUUUUCUAAUGAAAGUGUUCAACAACAGUCGAUAAAUUAGAUUGUUAUUUUAUCGAUAUGAAAUAAUGUAGUUUUAUUUUGCAUAUUAUUGUAUCAUACGAUGCUUAUGCAGAGAACAGUCCGUUUUAAUAAUUUUUAACGAAAAAUUGCGAUAUAGAUGUAGUAUACAAAAUAAUAGUGAAAGCAAUUAUCGAGAGAUAUUGUGUAUCUACUGUUGGUAAAAUUUCCUCUGUGAUAAUAGGAUCUUAAUAAUUUUUUUUUCAGAAUUAAAUGAUACUUUAACAGUCAUUAUUAAUCAAAAUCUGAAAAAAAUUAUUCAAUAAUUACUUUUACAAGAUUUACAAUCGCUUGACAAUAAUUUUAGUUGUGAAAUUUGUUUUUUUAGGUUUCUAUUUCGUUGAAUACUUACAAAUAUUAAUGAAACUUUUAAUUGUAACGAAAAAGGUAUCGUUUAUUUUGAUUAAAUAAUUACUUUUCUAUUAAUUAAAAUCUAAUUAAAAUCUUUUUCUAAAAUUUAUUGAUAUUAAUAUACAUAUUUUUUGUCGAAUUUUUUAUUGGCUUUUAACUAAAUCUUUUUUAUGUACCUUCAUACAGUUAAUAGUUUAUAUAACAUUUUUUCUUUAUAUUUUUUAUAUGAUAUACAACUCCAAACGUUUCGUCUAUGCGCCUAAUACGAAGUUUAAUUACAGAGGCACAGGUGUGCAGCGCUCAGCCACUUUACUAUUUCAAUUAACGUAAAUUCACAGUUUCCAUUGCCUUUGAAACUGUUUUCAGUUUCUGUGGAAAAUGUCGGAUCCUAAUAGCGAAUCUACGAUGAAUUGAAAUUCGCAACACAUUUCGAACAUGUUCCACAUGUUCUCGUUCUAUUCAGUAUUGUCUGCAUCUCUAUGGACUAUGGAAUAUUUACUAAUGUUCUGUUUCAUAGCAAUUUAGAUUAAUAAACAAAAAAAUA